AAACCCAAAAAGCAAUCACAUUCGUUCGUUCCAUGUUCUCCUAGCCCUUUUCUCUUUUUGUCUUUGAAAUGGAGUCAAAACCCCAAAUAGCCAUCAUGACCAUCGCCGCCGUUUUGGUCCUCAUCGUAUGUGCGUUUAACCCCUUUCAAUUUUAUGCUUUGCCCAUAUUUCUCCUUUACACAGUCUGAACCAUGUCAUGUGUCCUAUAUGUUUCGGGCCAACAGAAUGGUGUUCUGAAAAUGUAACUGAGGAGAUUGUACUAUUCAUGGCCUCAUGUAUUGUGCUCAACGUAGUUACUUUUUGAAAGGUUGCUACUUUGCGUGUACAUGAACAACCACCAUGUCACUAGCAUCUACAACAUCAGGCACCUCCCACCACCACUAUGGGCUACGUGUUGCUAUAAAUUCAUCACCCAUAUGAAUACUCCAGCAUCGCUCCAGUGAGAGUUCAAGUAAAAACUCUUUACAGGUCCACAUAUAUUGGUUACAAAUGACAACAACGUACAACAACCUCAAGGAUAUUGAGGCAUCUUCAGAGCACUUAAUAUUGAGGAUUAAAGUGAGGGUCGUGAAAAUAUGGUCAUUGUCUCCUGCUGAGCAAAAAUACGUGAAGCCAACUUUAGAGUUGGUGGUCAUGGAUCACGUGGGCGAUCGAAUCCAGUGCACUAUUAGGAAUGCUCAGAGGAGGCUCUUUGAAGAUGAGUUAUCAGAGGGAAAAAUCUAUAUCAUAUGUAACUUCUCAACUUCCUUGAAUGACUAGAAAUACAAGGCCACUAACCAUGCAUGUAGGAUAUACUUCAAGAGGGAUACUCAACUUCAGAUGGUACAUGAUCCAUCAUUUCCGGAGAAUGUGUUUCGUUUUGUUCCUAAUGAUCUAAUACUGAACCACACAAAUGCUCAGUCGCAUCUUAUGGAUGUUAUUGGUCUACUUACUGGCAAGAGUGACAUAAUUAAAUUUACUAAGAGUGGCAAGAAGUGCAACUACAUUGUUCUCGAGCUUGAUGACAUACAAUGGGAAAAGGCAAGAUUAGGUGUACACUUUGGGAGGAUUUUGCAACUAAGUUGGUCAAGCACAUUGAAGAGCAGCCAACAUCAGAGUACAUCCUCAUUAUACAGUUCGCUAAGUUCAACCUCUUUAAAGGUGCAAUGGGCAUAUCAAAUACCAAUCAUAACUCAAUUCUCUACAUCAAUGCGGACUUCCAAGAGGUUAAGGAUUUUCGCAAGAGUGUCAUCAUGGCUGCGGUUCCAUGUGCAAACCAACUAUCCCAAAUUGCUGCAGAUCCAGCAUACUCUAUAGAGGAUGAUCUCAUCAACAACUCCAUUUACAAACCCAUUUCUGAACUCAAGGCAUCUAUUGAGAACGGUUGGUGGUAUAAAAGUUGUAAGCAUUGCUUUCAUUCACUAAGGGAGGCUGAGGAUUCCUACUAUUGUGCCAAGUGUGCCACCUAUCCAACCACUCACACACCUAGGUAUAGCAUUAAUAUGAAGGUUGCUAAUGAUACUGAUACAGCUGCAUUCCUUCUUUAUGACAAGGGAGCGGCCAAAUUUCUUGGAAUCUCUGCCUCUGACCUGCGGCUUGCACAGCUAACCAGGGGUGGAGUAAAUGAGGAAUACCCGAUAGACCUCAAUUCCUUUAGGGGUAAGAAAUUCCUUUUCAAGGUUUCCGUCAAGAUGGAAGAUAUAAAUUCUUUCCAGCCUUGCAAGGUCAUUGUGAUGAAGCUGACGGAUGAGAUAUCUCUUAUAACAAAAUUUUUAGGAAAGCAUGAUGUAUACCAGCCAAACCUUGCAUUGGAACACUCAGAACUGUUGAGCCUGCAAACUGCUUCCACCGACACGCCAAAGGGCGCGAGUUCUCCUUCUGUUGAGGCUUUGGUGGACAACUCUAACGAUGCUUUCUUGACCCCCAAGAGAAACAUUAUUAGUGGUGGAUGGUCUAAGCAACUCAUUGAUCUUUAUCCAGACUCUGCUAAUGGAUCAUCAUCGAAGUGUAGAAGCUCGAAGAUGGCAUUCCCAGCGUUGAUAAAGUCUACCAAGAUUAGUCUGGAUAGAUUCUCAAUCAAAAUAUAUGGUGGACUAAUGAUCAAGCUCAAGUAUCAUAGUAUAUUUCCCAGUAUCAAUGUUGCGUAUAAUUAUGGUUUCGUGUUGUGUCCUUUAAUGAAGUGAGGUCGUUGUUUUUUUUUUCUUUAGCUAUGUCAUCCAAUAACGCAUGGUCUAAUGCAAUCAAACCAUGCGAGUAAUUGUGUGCAUGUAAUGCUUAUUAUGUAUGUGGGGCAAAAGCAAUGUGUAUGAUAUGCGCUUGCUUCUUAUGUUUGGUUCCUUUAAUCCAAUCGAGUGUGUUUGUUUAAUAA